ACAUCGCCCCUCCCCACCACCAGCCCAAUAUUCGCCCUGUCCUCCACAUGGGACAUCCGUCCGCUCCCCACCGCCAGCACCAGACCUACUCUGGCCAUCUCCACCACCAGCCCCAUACUCUCCCUGUCCUCCACAUGGCCAUCUCCACCACCAGCCCCAUACCCUCUCCCCUGCCCUCCACAUGGCCAUUUCCACCACCAGCCCCAUACUCUCCCCCUGUCCUCCACAUGGCCAUCUCCACCACCAGCCCCAUACCCUCUCCCCUGCCCUCCACAUGGCCAUCUCCACCACCAGCCCAAUACUCGCCCUCUCCUCCACAUGGGACAUCCGUCCGCUCCCCACCGCCAGCACCAGACCUACUCUGGCAAUCUCCACCACCAGCCCCAUACUUUCCCUGUCCUCCACAUGGCCAUCUCCACCACCAGCCCCAUACUUUCCCUGUCCUCAACAUGGCCAUCUCCACCACCAGCCCCAUACUUUCCCUGUCCUCAACAUGGCCAUCUCCACCACCAGCCCCAUACUUUCCCUGUCCUCAACAUGGCCAUCUCAACCACCAGCCCCAUACUUUCCCUGUCCUCCACAUGGCCAUCUCCACCACCAGCCCCAUACUUUCCCUUGUCCUCCACACGGCCAUCUCCACCACCAGCCCCAUACCUCUCCCCUGCCCUCCACACGGCCAUCUCAACCAUGGCCCCAUACCUCUCUCUCCACAUGGCCAUCUCCACCAUCAGCCCCAUACCCUCUCUCCUGCUCCUCCACAUGCCCCAUACCCUCUCCCCUGCCCUCCACAUGGCCAUCUCUAACCAUCAGCCCCAUACCCUCUUCCCUGCCCUCCACAUGGCCAUCUCUAACCACCAGCACAAUACUCUCCCCUGCUCCUCCACAUGGCUAUCUCUAACCAUCAGCACAGUACCCUCUCCCCUGCCCUCCACAUGGCUAUCUCUCAACCACCAGCACAGUACUUCUCUCCCCCUGCCCUCCACAUGGCCAUCUCCACCACCAGCCCCAUACCCUCUCCCUGCCCUCCACACGGCCAUCUCCACCACCAGCCCCAUACAGCUCUCUCCCCUGCCCUCCACAUGGCCAUCUCCACCACCAGCAUGUACCCUUCUCCCUGCCCUCCACAUGGCCAUCUCAACCACCAGCACAAUACCCUCUCCCCUGCCCUCCACAUGGCCAUCUCCACCACCAGCCCCAUACCCUCUCCCCUGCCCUCCACGUGGCUAUCUCAACCACCAGCCCCAUACCCUCUCCCCUGCCCUCCACAUGGCUAUCUCAACCACCAGCAUAAUACCCUCUCCCCCUGCCCUGUCUCCACAUGGCCAUCUCAACCACCAGCACAAUACCCUUUCCCCUGCCCUCCACAUGGCCAUCCUCUCUAACCACCAGCACAAUACCCUCUCCCCCUGCCCUCCACAUGGCCAUCUCCAACCAACCACCACACACAAUACCUCCCCCUGCCCUCCACACGGCCAUCUCCUGCACCAGCACAAUACCCUCUCCCCUGCCCUCCACAUGGCCAUCUCCACCACCAGCACAGUACCCUCCCCCCUGCCCCUCCACACGGCUAUCUCAACCACCAGCACACACUCUCCCCUGCCCUCCACAUGGCCAUCUCAACCACCAGCACAAUACCCCUCUCCCCUGCCCCUCCACAUGGCUAUCCUCAACCACCAGCACAAUACCUCUCCCCUGCCCCUCCACAUGGCCAUCUCAACCACCAGCACAAUACCCUCUCUCCUGCCCUCCACCACGGCCAUCUCUCAACCACCAGCACAAUACCCUCUCCCCCUGCCCUCCACAUGGCCAUCUCCCACCACCAGCACAAUACCCUCUCCCCUGCCCUCCACAUGGCCAUCUCUCCACCACCAGUCCCCUGCCCUCCACAUGGCUACCCUCUACCCUCUCUCCUCCACAUGGCCAUCUCAACCACCAGCACAAUACCCUCUCCCCUGCCCUCCACACGGCCAUCUCCACCACCAGCACAAUACCCUCUCCCCUGCCCUCCACACGGCCAUCUCCACCACCAGCACAAUACCCUCUCCCCUGCCCUCCACAUGGCCAUCUCAACCACCAGCACAAUACCCUCUCCCCUGCCCUCCACAUGGCCAUCUCAACCACCAGCACAAUACCCUCUCCCCUGCCCUCCACAUGGCCAUCUCAACCACCAGCACAAUACAAUACCCUCUCCCCAUGCCCUCCACAUGGCUAUCUCCACCACCAGCACAAUACCACAAUCUCCCCUGCCCUCCACAUGGCCAUCUCAACCACCAGCACAUACCCUCUCCCCUGCCCUCCACAUGGCCAUCUCAACCACCAGCACAAUACCCUCUCCCCUGCCCUCCACAUGGCCAUCUCAACCACCAGCACAAUACCCUCUCCCCUGCCCUCCACAUGGCUAUCUCCACCACCAGCACAAUACCCUCUCCCCUGCCCUCCACAUGGCCAUCUCCAGCCACCAGCACAUCUCCACCACCACCACAAUGCCCUCUCCACAUGGCUAUCUCCACCACCAGCACAAUACCCUCUCCCUCCAUGCCCAUCCACAUGGCCAUCUCCACCACCAGCACAAUACCCUCUCCCCUGCCCUCCACAUGGCCAUCUCAACCACCAGCACAAUACCCUCUCCCCUGCCAUCCACAUGGCUAUCUCCACCACCAGCACAAUACCCUCCCCCCUGCCAUCCACAUGGCCAACCGUCCCCUCCCCACCACCAGCCUCCAUACUCCACACUGCAACCAAUAA